GUCUGUUAGCACAUCAGUGAUUCGGAUUAAAAGCAAGUUGAACACAAUGCAGUCAUAAAACACUCAUUUGACUUAGCUGACCCCUGACCUCCUAACUGUUAAUCAAACCUCUCACUGUCUUACGUUUAUCGUUAAUUUAUACCACUAGUCGACGGUGUGACACCGAGGAUGUGUAUGCAGUGCACUCAUAUUUCCUUUGUUGUUUCCUUUCCCUCAGGUUCUCUAUCAUUCGACAAUUUCAAUGGAAGAAACCAGAGCCCAGCCCUCUGCCACUGGAUCUAAUCCAAAGUGGUAAAGUGAUCCUUCAUAACCUGCUGCUUUCUCACCACACCCCUGCAAAUGGAAGUAACUUAACUAUUUCUAAAGGACAGGUGGAGAAUAAAACAGAAAGUCCAGACAUGCAGAACGGUGGUCGUAGGCAUGUAAUAAUAAUGGCCACCACACGAACAGGCUCCUCAUUUGUGGGGGAGUUCUUCAACCAGGAGAAGGAGAACAUGUUUUAUCUGUUUGAGCCUCUGUGGCAUGUCAUUAACAGGUAUUCCUUACUGUCAGAUCAAAUUAACUGGUUCAUGAGGAAAUCCUUCCAGGACGUACUUCAAGGACUCUUCCACUGUGAUUUCUCUCCUAUGGAGAAGUUCAUUAAGCCCACACCUGUGGACCACAUCACCCAAGUUCUUUUUCGCAGAGUGUCAAGUUACUCACUGUGUUCAGAUCCUGUUUGCACUCCUCAAGUUAAACGUGAUUUCCAAAGUUUCCCCUGCAAGAUGAGGCACUGUGGGCCACUGAACCUGACCCUGGCAUCUGAAUCGUGCCGAUCUAAGAAGAACGUGGUGAUUAAGACUGUCCGUGUGGAGCAGCUGGACACAUUGAGGCCCUUGGUGGAGGAUCCUCAUCUGGACCUAAAAAUUAUCCAGCUGGUGAGAGAUCCCCGGUCACUGUUAAUCUCCAACAUGGUGACCUUUUUCUCAGGUUACAAGGCGUUGAAGGCAUUGGCGGAGUAUGGAGAGGAGAGUGAAAAUAAAACUGAGGUGAAGAUACUCAAAGGAAACUGUGACAAAAUUAGAGCGUCUGCAGAAAUGGCCCUGAGUCGACCUCCCUGGCUGAAAAACAACUACAUGUUGGUACGUUAUGAGGACGUUGCACGUGAUCCUGUGAAGAAGGCAGAAGAAAUGUUGACGUUCGCUGGAAUACCAUUCAGUCCACAAGUGCGGGAGUGGAUUCUGGCUAACACACAGUCCACAGAUCAACACAGCGGCGCUUACUCCACCAAGAGAAACGCAUCAGAGCAGAUAGAUAAAUGGAGAGUGAACAUUCCCUUACCUGUGGUUCAGUUGGUGCAGAAAGUGUGUGGACCGACCAUGGAACUGUUCGGGUACAAGUUUGUAGAUGAUGAAAAGACUCUGCGCAACACUUCCAUUAGCCUGCUGGAAGAUACAUCGUUUCAUUAGUUUUGGAAUUAAGAAUAAAGCAGGGGAUUGGUAAUAAUCAGGUGCGGUGAAAAAAAGGUUCAUUAGCAUCAUUGGUGGAUUUGUUAAUGUAAUUAAAGGUAGUGUCUGUCAAGUAAUGAUGUACAAUUUGUGUCACUGUAAAAAGUGACCAUAAUUAUUUUUUUUUAAUGAUAAUGGUAAUUAUUUAUAAACCACAGAUACUCAGAAACGGAUCAUUCAAAGCAGACAGUCAGUUUAUGUCAUUGUUGCAAAUUUAAACUUCAGGUCAUUCCAAAGUCUCCCACUACCCCAACGUUCAGAAGAUAUCUGUAAAUGUGUGUAUAUAAAUAACUGGAAACAUUGUCUCUGUCACCUACCAACACGGACACGCUCAGUUAAAACUCACACUCUGACUAUUGAUCUAAGUCAUUUAGCCUGUUGACUUCUAACAGUAGGUGAUAUUUUUUUAAAUGAUCAUCGUCUCUGUUUUUUAUGACGAAGGACAAACACCAUAUUCAAAUAAUCACUCUGCAGUUCCCACAGCUCUCUCCACUCUUUUCAGCAAACACACAAACCAACACUCUC